AUGUCGCUGGUUGCGAUCGCAACGAGCACACUUACCGCUGCUACAUCUUCGCCUUCGCCAUCUUCAUCGCCUUUACACAUGCUGUACUACCACGGAGCGUCUUCGCCAGGACAGGACCCAGGCGGGGAUGGGAAUGGUGAAUGCAAGCUUCUUGGGCCAUUCUCUAUCCUCGUUCAGUCUGCCUUGGGGGUCCUGGCGCUAUCAUCUUUAGUCUACAAGCGAUGGAGAGAACGGCCCCAGCGGCCGAUAAAGGUCUGGGCCUUUGACGUUUCGAAGCAGGUCUUUGGUUCGGUUUUGCUGCACAUGGCAAAUCUUCUUAUGUCCAUGUUCUCGGCUGGCCAGCUCGAGAUCAAGACGACAUACCGACCGAACCCUUGCUCGUUCUACUUGCUGAAUCUGGGAAUCGAUACUACUCUCGGAAUUCCAAUUUUAAUUAUUGUUCUACGCAUCCUAAACUUCGCCGCUUCUUACACUAUUCUCGCGAAUCCUCCAGAGUCGAUUGAAUCUGGGAACUAUGGCCAACCACCGCGCGCUACCUGGUGGCUCAAGCAAUCCAUUAUCUACUUCAUGGGACUGUUCAGCAUGAAAAUAUGUGUUUUCUUCCUCAUUCAGCUUUUACCUUUCAUCAUCAAGAUUGGCGACUGGGCUUUGCGAUGGACAGAAGGCAAUACUGCCUUGCAGAUUGCCUUCGUCAUGCUUCUGUUCCCGCUGAUUAUGAACGCCAUCCAAUAUUAUAUCAUCGACGGCUUCAUCAAGAAGCCACUUUCUUACGAUAUUUACACCUCGGAUGGCACCGAUGACAAUCCCGAUGAUAUUCACCGCCGAGAAGCGCUUCUCGCAGGCCUGGAUGACGCUUACUCCUCUACAGACUCGGGUGACGAAGAAUCAGCGCCAAGGAAAGACACACCUUCGCACCCCAAGUAUGUUGCAAAUGCUAUUCAUGGGUCCGAAGGGCUGCUCACUGAGGACCAUUCUCCAGUUCCACCCUAUGAACCUCCUUCCUCCGGCAGCAGUCGUAGCGAGCAAGGUGGGAAAUGA